AUGUGUUCAAGUAAUAAGGGGAAUUUCCUGGAGCUUCUAGAUUUUCUUUCCAACCACAAUGAUACUAUUCAUCAAGUUUUAAAGAAUGCUCGUGGAAAUCUAAAACUCAUAGCUCCUAAAAUACAAAAAGAUAUUAUUAGAGUUGCUGCUUGUGAGACUACUAGAGUUAUUCUUGAUGAUUUGGGUGAUAAUUUAUUUGCUAUUUUGGUUGAUGAAUCUCGAGAUAUCUCAAUUAAGGAACAAAUGGGUGUGGAUUUAUGUUAUGUGAAUGAGAAAGGACAAGUUAUAGAGCGUCUUCUUGGUCUUAUUCAUGUUCCCAAUACUAAUGUUUUAUCACUAAAGUUUGCUUUGGACUCAUUGUUUGCAAAACAUGGGAUAAGCUUGUCAAGAUUACGUGGACAAGAAUACGAUGGAGCAAGUAAUAUGCAAGGUGAGUUUAAUAGGCUCAAAAGCUUGAUAUUGAAAGAGAAUAGUUGUGCAUUCUAUAUUCAUUGUUUUGCUCAUCAACUUCAAUUAGCUCUUGUUACAGUAGCAAAAAGGCAUGUUGAAAUGGCAUUGUUUUUUAAUACAGUUGCUAAUUUGUGUAAUAGUGCUGGAGCUCCAUGUAAGCGUCGAGAUAUUGUUCACGAAAGUCAAAUUGCUAGGGUGAAAGAAGCAUUGCAAAAUGGAGAAAUUUCUAGUGGGCGUGGUUUGAAUCAAGAAAUUGCCAUCAAGAAGGCCAGGGAUACUUGA